CUAUGCCCUACAUAGCACUUGGGUGUGGGUAGGUCUAACACUCUGGAACACGAGGAGAAUAUGCCACAUCACUUUGCAUUCCUCGACUCUCGUCACCUUCUCAUCUCGACAUAUGGAAGCAGCCAUUUGCAAGUCCUUGUGGUUUUCGACUGCUAUGGCGUUUCUUCCGCUCAGCGAUUGCUCUUUCUGGAUGCGAUGCGGCAUCAUGCCUCGCUCGUCCUGGAGCUCCCACAUAGAUCAAUCCUGUGGUCUGACCACUUGUUCUUCAGUCUUGAUUGUCAGCCUGACAGCCCCUUCGCGCUACCAGCACAGAUCGAGGGUGUCACUUUCCGCGCCGCAGGACCACCCGUCGUGCUCGUAGGCAUGGAAAACGGAGAUCAACCCCCAAUCCAGUGCGACAUUUUCAUCCCGGGCCAAUUCAUCUUAUCUCAGCUCACACGAGCUCGUGCGCGCCGUGCAUCCACCUCCUCCGUCCCCUGGAUAGCAUGGCAGGACUAUUCGCGCGAAUGUCGGCUUUUCAAUACUCUAAGGAGGUGCUCUGGCAGUGUAUACGGUGCAAGGUAUGCCUUUGAAGGAAAAGUCCGACAGAGCACAGAAACCGCGCAGAGUUCACUAGAUGGCCGCCUCAUCCUCAUCCGCCACUUUGGCGAGCCUGCAGCGAUCCUCCGCGAUACGGACGUUGACAGCUUCACAGAAGAUAACGAAGGUGGCGGUGCGGUAAAGCCCCGUGUGUAUGCUGUGCUGGAGCCGUCCGAUGAGUUGAACCGAGACAUCUGGACUAAGCCGAUGUGGACAGGCGCACCGUAUCUCUAAACGUGGACCGAUAUCAGGCUGAAAAAUUGGGCAUCAUUCUACCUUCUUGAAGAUGGGAUAAUCACCGACGAGAAGGAGGUAGGGUAUUUUGUGCAAGCAAAUCUCACAAUAUGCUCAUACUCAUAUUUAUGAUCGCGUUACAGGCCGCGCGCGUACACGUUCUAAUUUCUUGUAUAGAUCCAAUGCAUAGCUUCUUGUGUAAUUUACACCGCUUCUCUCUCGAGCUUGUUCGGU